AUUUUCCAUAACAGCGACUAGUAAUCUCUCUGCCUCCCCACUGUUCUCUCUCUCUCUCUCUCUCUCUCUUACUUAGGCUUGUAGAGAGGGAAAGGAAGAAGAAAGAGCCAUGGAUUCCUCUGUGAAGUCUUGGUUACUGAUUGCGGUGACGAUGGUGGUUUGGACCGGGCCGGCCCGUUCGGCGAAGAUCUUCACCGUCGGGGACAGCACGGGGUGGACGAUCAUCAACAGCCCAAACUACACUCUGUGGGCUUCCAACAAGGCCUUUCAUCAAGGCGACACGCUUCUGUUCAAAUACAACAAACAAUUUCACAACGUGUUAGAGGUCAAAGAGGCUGACUUCACAGCAUGCAAGAAUACUUCAGCUAUCAAAGAGUAUGACACCGGAGACGAUUCAAUCACCAUCAAGUCCGUCGGCCACUCGUACUUCAUCUGUGGAUUUCCCGGCCACUGCCAAGGUGGCCAAAAGGUCGACAUACUCGCUGUCGACUCCUCUGCUGCCCCUUCGUCGUCACCGUCUGACUCGUCACCGCCUCCACCCAAUGCCGGAGAUCGAUUGGCGACGGGAGCAUCUGUUUUUAUCGGCAGCUUGAUCAUGGUGGUCUCAUGCGGUGUUGUUUUGUUAGGCUUUUGAGUUUGGUUUAUGAUGAUUUUGUUAUGCCAGUUGUGAUUGUGUGUUUAGUUUUAUGAGCUGAGCUUUUACAAGUUGAAUAAAUUUCAAUGUUUCUAACAUUCAACUUAAUGUAUCUUGUUAUAUUGCUUUGAUAUUUUAUAAAAUAUAGCCAUUGUUGUCGCUGACUGAAA